GAAGGCCGCUGCCCGGAUUCGAACCCCUGACCUCUGCACCGUGAGGCCGAUGACGUGCUAACAUCAUGUGGCGCCCCAAAGGGAUUGAUACUAAGUGGAAUUAAUAGUCAGCCACAUUUUUGUACACGCGACGUAUAACAUUUGUUGUUGUGAUUGACGUAACGAUAGUUCCACGAUGAUAAUCAUAUCGAAUAGAAUUUUUGCGACACGUUCGCCAAAGACGGUUCGUAAAGGAUGAAAAACUCGGCUUUUCGCAUUACAAUGUAAAAGCAACGUGACGAAUUUCGUGCUUUGAAGCACGUACACGUCCGUCUAGUUACCUUCAGUAUAAGAAAAGUAGGGCGCUUUGGCAUGAGAACACGACGCGGCGGCGUGCGGGCAAAUCGUCUUACUGCGAAGGAGCCGCGACCCGGACCGGAAGCCGAUGUGUGACAUGCGCCGGUCGAGUCUCGCUCGCGCGAAAAAUGGCGGAAAUGUGUCCCGUUUUAGCAGCGUCUUCUCUUCGAGGUGUUGCGGUAUAAAUCUCGAAGCCCGGACUCUUUCCAGGUUGCGCCACUGCCAUGCUCUCCUACAACGGGAUGCAAAAAGAGGACGACGACGACGGCGGCACGCGCAACCACGACGCCUCACGAGAACGGCCCCGCCAGUCGUUCCGGUGCAGCCGUUGUCCGCUCGAGUUCGAGGCUGAGGUUUCCCUGCUGGAACACCUCGAUCACGUCCACGGCUCCCAUCUCCUUUUGAAUCAAGAUUCUCCCAAAAGCACCCCGGGAAGCCCGCUUGGCGGUCUUCGAGCCGAUCCCUCGGAGGUUUUGAACGACGUCGAAGAUGGCAAGAAAGAAGACGUGACCCCAAAAACCAAGGCUGAAACCGCGGUCGUGUCAGCCGAGCAUCACGAAGAAGAACGAGUAGAUGAAGAUGAAGAUGAAGAGAGACGUUUAACUUCUACCUCGCGGGGGACUCCCACCUUGCACCGGGAUCUGAAGACGUACAAGAAACCACCCCAAAGCUCCGCCGUCAGCAAGUAUUCCGCAGGCGCCGACGGCCAACCGGACACGGACUCGGAAGACCGGUCGGACGGCCAAUCGGAUGACGGGUCGAACGACGUCGCCCCCGCCGCCAUCGACCUCUCCAACAGCCAUCGUUUCUUGCGGGAAGACCACCUGUACGUCGAUCUGAUGCGCCCCGUCAUCCAGGCGCCCGGCCAGGAGCGCAGGAGAACCGCCAACGCGGCGGACAAGACGGGCCAAGAAGCGGCGGACAAGAAGGAGCUCUCCUUCGAAGUGAGCGAAGACGACGAAGACGAGCGGCUCGGUCCGCCCGCCUACGACUGUAAGCACUGCGGCCACCGAGACGACAGCCUCAAGCGAAUGUCUGCCCAUUACCACCAAAGCCACCCGUACGUACGCUACAACUCCAACUACAUCCGGGACCGCGACGAUCGCAGCGCCACCUUCCGCUGCCUGGCGUGUCCCGUCGAGUUCCCCAAGGAAACCGACCUCAGGAAGCACUACGGCGACGAGCACGCGGGGUCCCCGGACAUUUUCGCCCUGCGGCGAGACCAAAUCCGCCUGCUGUUCAAAUGUUUCACCUGCGCGUUCACCGCCAAGUCUUUGGACGCGCUCAAAGAGCACUACCGAGACGGGCACCCCGCGGCCAAGGCGCUCAACGGCUUGAUGUCCGUCAUCGUCCUGCAGGUCCACUACCAAAAAAAUCACCCGGCCGAGGCCAUCACCAUCGACAAGAUCAAACGGCAGGCCGGCGUCGCGCCGAGUAAGAGGCCGGACGAGCAAAAGGAAACCGAGGACGAGGUGAAGUUCCGCCUCGGAGCUCAGCCGGAAUUUUCGAUGCGUGACUCCGAAGCUCAAAGGAAAUUCGGGGAAGACGCGACGAUGCCAAAAGUCGCGGUGGACUCGGCCAUCUCCGGAGAAGUCGGAGGCGGCUCCCGAGCUCGGGCGAACGCCGAAGACGCAGUCCACAAGUCGGAAUCUCCCGGAGCCCGAAAAGUCCCGGAAAGCUCCAAAGUUCCAAUGAAAAGUCCGAGCGUUGAGGCGGAAGCGCUCGCCCCGGAGAGAGUCGCUUCCCCGCGGCGGCCGAACCAAGGAGUCGACUCCGAGCGGACGACGAACGCCCCGGGGCUCGUCCGCGAUCGGCCGGCCGCGACGAGCGCGCCCGCUCGCGACCGCGCCCCGUACGGAGACGCCACGGCCAAGAAAUCCAAGUCGGCCGCUUCCAACGUUUACGCCCGCCCCGAGAAUUUGUUUUUCUGCUUCAAAUGCAACUACGGGAACCCCACCGUCAAAGGCGUGAUGGUGCACCAGUUCCGGACGCACGACAAGCUGCGCACCAGCGGCGAAGACAUCGCCGACUACACCAGGGAGAUCCACCGCGGCUUGCGAACGUCCGCGGCCGGAGCGGAGAACCGCUCCUUCUCUCCCUUGCUGCCCCUCCCCAUCUUGAACAAGGGCGACGAGCACACCUUUUUCUGCCACUUCUGCCACUACCGGCGCAGCACCGUCUCCAAGGUGGUGCAGCACUACGCCAGGAGGCACAACGGCUCGGUGGCCACGCCCAAGCAGAUCCAAUCGUACACCUUUCGCACUCUGGAGCUGCUGCAGAAAUCGGCCGGCGCCGAGGAAGCGGCGGCGCAAAAGGCGACGGGCGGCCGAGCGGGCCCCCGCCAAGUCGAGAGCCUGCGGUGCGAAGGCUGCCCCUACAAGACGCACAACGCAAAGCUUUUGCGCGCGCACGCGCGCAAGUGCCGGCGAGCGGGCGGCUCCGGUUCGGGCGUUUUGAAAGUCUACCUGACGCAAGGGAACGCGGCGGCGGCGGCGGCGGGGUACCGCUGCGAUCUGUGCGCUUUCUCCCACGACAAAGCCACCGCGUUGUACAAACACUACCGCCGGGAGCACCCCGAGAGCCGCCCGCGUCUGGAUUUCAUCACCGCCCGCUCGCAGGAAGGCCGCGAAAAGGCGAGCCGGACCCAAGCGGAGGCGCCCGAAGGGCACGGGAGCGACGCCGGGCCGUAUUGGUGCCGAGCGUGUUCUUUCCGGGGGAGCUCGCCGGCGGCAAUUAGGGACCACUACGGGGCCGUGCACCCCUGGUGCCUGAAGGAAGACGGCUCGGCGCCCGCCGCGGGCGGCGGCGACCGGAGCGAGAACGCUCGCCGGGACCCCUUCGGCCGCUUCGACGACUACCAGAUCCCUCUGGAGUCCCCGAGCGUGUCGCCGGAGCGCAUCCGAUCGGGCCCGUCGCCGAACCGGGACGACGGCGGCGGCGACGACGCUUCCGAAGAGUCGCAACGGAGCGUCGACGCGGAGGAAGAGAGCCACGUGCACGUCUUCAAGUGCCCCUACUGCACCUACGUCAACACCAAGCAUCAGGGGGUCCUCACCCACUGCCAAAUGAGGCACGCGGCCCUUCGGUCGCGAGCCGACAACCUCUUUGUGAACGAGGCGCACUUCCGCGGCUGGGAGAAGAAGCGCGAGGCCCGCCGGGAAGCGAAAAGAAGCUUUUUUCAGUGCGCGUACAGCUGCAGCAACAAGGCGGCGUUCGGCCGCCACGUGCGCUUGAAGCACAAGGGCGCCGCCGUUCCGCUCCGGCGCUACCAUUGCGUCCUCUGCUCCAAUUCCUACUUCAAGAAGAAGCGCCUCGCCAGCCACUACGAGAACAAGCACGGCCACGACGCCUACCGGAAGCACUUUUUCCCGCUCCGCGAGGACACGCCCCCCGACAAGAGCAAGAGGCUGGUCUACAAGUGCCCGCGCUGCCCCUACGUCAACUCGCGGCCGCACGGCAUGGCCACGCACUGCCAGAUGAUGCACCCCGACCUCCCCGUCCGCGUGGAAGACUUCCAACGGGACGAGAUCGUCAUCAGCAGCAACUACCAAGCGGGCAGCAACAACAAGCGAGGCUACCUGUGCGGCCUGUGCCAGGGGAUUUGCAUGUCGCUCAAGAAACUCGCCGUCCACCGCUCCAGGAGACACGCCGCCUCGGAAGACGGCGAUUCCCGGCCGUCGGCCGAGCCCGAGCCCGAGGCCCGUCCCCGGCGGUCGGCGCCCCCCGACCGCUCUCUGUACCCGUGCCUGCUGUGCUCUUACUCGUCGCCCAUCAGGAAACGUCUGGCGGCGCAUUACGCCAAACGGCACGGGAAGAAAGCCUUCCGCAAACACUUUGCCCCGCUCUACCUCCGCAAGGCCGACGGCCCGCCGCCGGAAGCGGCCGAGGCCGAGCCCGAGCCGCCCGAAACCCCCCCGGAGGGAGAGGAAAUGCUCUACGCGUGCCAGCUGUGCGAGUACCGCACCUGGGCGCGCCGCUACCUGACCUACCACUACAACAAGACCCACCGAUUGGACCCGGGGACGAGAGACCGGCUGCUCGUGGCCUACAACAAACGCAAAAGGCCCCUCCCUCGGGAUCCCGCGCCCGACCGCUCGGAGCCGGGCCCGCCGGACGACCCGCGGACGGCCUCCGCGCGAUGCAAGAAGUGCCCCGACGUGUCCUUCGGCUCGCCGCAGCUCCUGAUCGCCCACUACCGCGCCAGCCACGGCGCCGGCCGCCGAGCCGACUUCGCCGUCGUCCACCCGGCGGGCCGCAACACGGGCGUGUAUCGCUGCGCUCGCUGCCGCAAGACGCUGAACGGGAUCAGGAAGCUGGGCCGCCACCUGGAUCGGCACCGGGAGAAGAGCUCGGCCGGGGUCCGGGCCAAAAACGACCGGGCCGAGUCGCGGGACACGGCGCCGCGGGAAGAAGGGUCCCCCUCGACCGGCGGCUUCGCGGCGUCGCCCGAAAAGGCCGCCCGGCGCGAGGCGGCGGAAGCCCCGUCGCCGGGCGAGACGCACGCGUGCGCCCAGUGCCAGCGGACGUUCAAAUCGCGCAACGGCGUGCGAACGCACGAGCGCAGCCACGAGGCGCUGGCGGCCAUCAAGAAGCUGCCCGCGUCGCUGUCGCAGCUCAACCUGAACAAGUAUCUUCUGCAUAAGCCCGGAACCAUCCGUCCUUUCCAGUGCUCCAUCUGCUUCUAUCGCACCAACGUGAUGGGCCUGUGGAACAACCAUUUGCUGAAAAAGCACCUCGAUAGCGUUCUUGAAACUUGUGACGACAAACGGGAGAACAGCGCAACUGCGACCGCGGACACGGAUACUCCUGCUUUAGGUUCCAGAGGGGUUAGUUUGGGCAAAACGAAUGAAGGAUGUAGCAGAGACUGGUACCUGGAGCCGCCAGAGGUUCGCCGACAGCUCAACCACUUCAGCCUGAUGGCGCAGAGCAAAGCCGCGACUGCGCCGGCCGCCCGGCAGAUCGGCGGCGGCGGCCCGCUCCGCUGCGAGAACUGCUCCUUCUUUUGCGAGGAUCUGCCCACCAUGCGGCGACACUACGUCAGUCGACAUGGCAGGAAGCUGUUGGCGUGCAAGGACUGCGACUUCUUCACCGGCUUGAAGAAGGCCAUGAGGGUGCACGUGGACGCGGAUCAUCGCGGGUUCCGGAACGAAGCCCCUCCGCCGGAGGGCCUGCGCUGCCCUUUCUGCCUCUACCAAAGCCACGACAAGAACCGCAUGAUCGACCACGUCCUGCUGCAUCGCGAGGAGCGCGUGGUUCCCAUGGAGGUGCGGCGGGCCAAGCUGUCGCGUUACCUGCGGGGCCUGGUGUUCCGCUGCCACCUCUGCACGUACACCAGCGCCAGCGCCGACAACCUGCGCUCUCACGCCGCCAAGCACCAGCGCCUCAAGCCCUACCGAUGUCGCCUCUGCUACUUCGACUGCGCCGGGCUGGGCGACCUGGAGGCCCACCUCUGCGCAAAGCAUCAGGUGAUGAGGAACCACGAGCUCGUGGGGCAGGUCAGCCUGGAGCAACUGGAGCAGCUCCAGCUCAACCGGAGACCCGAAGAAGACCGCCACCAGGAUGAGCGGGAGCGGGCGCGGGAACAGAGGCCCGACCUUGAGAACGCCCAAGACUUUUUCGGCCGUGCGAAGGAGGCGGACGGCGGGAAGCCCGCGCGGGAAGUAAGCGGCGACCCCGAGAACCGCCUCGGCGAGACGGCCGCUCAUAAACGGGAGCGUCAAAAUGAUGCGGCCUCGCCGGACGCAAAGGACAGCGAUACUGCUCAUAUUCCUCCGCCGGAGAACCGAGAUACAAAAGAGGAGGCGGACGAUGAUGACGACGAGGAGGAGGAGGAGGGCGGAGCCGAGAAACAGGACGAAAAAGCGCAUGGCUCCAAACUGCAAAUGCUGAACGUGGAGGAGGACAUCCCGCGGCACAGCCCGCAGCCGGACGAGGUGGGCGCCACGCGGAGUUUCUCAAGCGGGGAAGAGCCCCGCGCGGGCUUCUCGGAAAGCUCCGGAAAAGUGGCCAAAAAGACGCUCAAGAGGGAAAUGUCCGCCCCGCUUCUGGGCCGCUUCUCGGAGCCGCCCCGAGAUGACAAAGCCCACAAAAGGAAAAUCUGCCAAGCACUCCGAGAGGAAGAGGAAGAGGAGGAGGAAGACGGACGAGACCGUGAAGGCCAGAAGCGGCUCAAGGUGGACGACUUUUCUCAGCUCAAAGGUGUCGACAUGACGUUCUCUUGCAGUCUAUGUGGACGGAACCUCCGAAGCAAAGAAGAGAUGCAGCGCCACGCCGCUCGCCACGGGAUGUAGGCCACAAAUAGGUCGACGCCAUAACACCAUCACCAUAACUCACAUUUCUGAUUCCCUGCCGUGGACAAAAAAAAAAAAAGGUUUUCUACAUUUUAACCAUUUUCUGAAGGACUGAGAUUUUUUUUAAAGACAGUUUGGUUUGGAUAGUUUAAAUAAAGCUUUGGAAAACAGCUGUUAAAUGUCUGAUACUUUUUCUUUUCGUGCUUUUUCCAUGUGAACAUUGUAGGACUACUGUAUAAAAAAAGGCAAAAAGUCCUCAGUAUUUUUCUUUGUUUUUGAUGGACCAAAAAAAAAAAAAAAAACUCAACUCAUGUUGCAUUCAAGUGCUGCAGGACUUUGUGCCUUCCUGGUGUGUCGUCUCACAAAGUAUUUUUUUUUUGUCGUUGUUCUUCGAGGACAUUUACUUGGUUUUAUCUGAGUUGAUUUAUAUAUUCAGUCAUUGAAUAAAUUUCAAUGUUUUGUACAUCUGAU